AUGUCCGAAAAGAUUGUCUUGUUUGACCUCCCCAGCAAGGAGCCGUGUGUCGCCUGGUCCCUCAACCCGUGGAAGACUCGCCUGUUGCUGAACUACAAGGGAUUGGACUACGAAACAAAAUGGGUCGAGUACCCGGACAUCAAGCCGACGUUGCAGCAUCAUGUCGAGCCUGGUGAAUCGCGCUGGCCGUACACCAUCCCCGCCAUCAAGUUUCCCGAUGGAAUCUGGUCCCAGGAUUCGCGAAAGAUUGCCGACCUCAUUGAGAAGCGCUACCCUGAGCCGUCUGUGCACCUCGAUUCCCCUUACCAGAGCCGGAUCGAGGAAGUUGUGCCCAGGGCCUUUGUACCGCUCAUGGGCAUUGGACUGAACCAGAUUCCCCGACGCUUGCUCAACCCCCCCAGCGUCGAGUACUGGAUCAAGGACCGGACUGAGUUUGUCGGAUCCGACCUCGCCGAGCAUGAGGCCAAGAAAGGCGGCGAGACUGCCUUUGCAGCGGCUGCGCCUGCUCUGAAGGAAAUCACUGCGAUGCUAAAGGAAAAUCCUGAUGGCCCCUUCUUCAGUGGCAAGGAAGUGGUCUAUGCCGACUUUGUCUGGAUCGCUGCGCUUUACUUCUUGAAGCGCAUUGGCGAUGACGUUUAUGAAGGCGCUCUCAACGCCUCUGGUGAUCGCACGGUGCACGAGAACCUGCUCAAGGCUGCUGAGCCCUGGCUGAAGAGAGGCGAUCACUAG